AUGCAGAACGAACGGCCCCAGAAGCUCGACGGCCCAGUACCCGGCUGCCUUGUUCAGCUUGUAGGCCGGAAGCGUAUUCUGCAGCAUAUGCGUAGAGCUCCGCACGAAAUCAAUCUAGACCACAACAAGACUGGUCCUCAAGGUGGCAACGAGUCUCUUCGCCGCCAGAAGCAUACUAAGAGGUAUGCAAGGUGGUUAGAAGCUCAAGGUCUUCCCAUCGAUGUGACGUUCUUCACCAACGUCGAUGAUGAAUUGAAGAGCGUUGAAGGUUGGGAGGACGUCCACUUGUCUGAAGACGAUCAACUGGCCGGGCACAGUACACAAGCAGAUGAAGACGAGGAUGAAGAUGAGACUCCUGCGUCAAGCAGUGGAGACGAUGUUCCCUUGAUUAGGCCAGUGAGCCAACGCCGGAAACGAUACACGAUUCACGAGGGAGAGGAUGACGAGGAAGACAGAGGACUUUCAUUGAGUGGCAGCAACAUGGAUUAUGCGGCCAACCAGAAGGAGAAUGUUGAGAAUGAUCAUGAACCUACUGACGAAGGAAAUUCUUAUUGGCGGCCAGCGGGCUGGGCGGAAGAUGAUAAAAAAAGCGAGAUGUCGACCAAAGCCAGGCUCAAAUGUCCUGUUCCAGGCUGCAAGUGCGAGCGUAGCUUGCGCAAGAGAAUGUAUGGUCAUCUCCGCAGCAAGCACAAUAUACCACUUUCGAUCUACACUGGAGGCAACCUCGAUGCUUUGCGUCGCAAACACGCUGCCGAAUUUGGCCAGUGGUUGGAGGAAGAAGGCUACAAGGUCGACGUGAGCUUUUUCGGCGCAAGUACGGUGGACAGCCAGCAGGCUACGAACACGACCUUCGAAGAUGACUAUGAGGAGCCUGGUGACCAUGGCGAUGAGGAACAAGAAGUGCCCGACCGGGCAGAAACUGAGACGCACGACAAUGCUAGGGUGAGGCAGUCGAGCGAUAAGGUGUCUUUAGACAUUCCCGAUGAUGGCAAAGCAGACCAUGAACCAUAUCAUGGAGAUUUAGCCUAUAUGCGCUUGCUGCGAGAGCGCCUGGAGCUCUUCUGCGAUGCGCAAGGCCAACCGACGGAGGUAGAAUUUGACAUCGAGCACAUCGCCAUCCUCAUCUGCAACGUCGAUGAUCCGGCCAUAGAUCGGUGGGAAGGGUUCUGUGAGCAAAGACGGUGGACGGAGAAUGAUGUGGAAUGGAUCAAGACGUACGUCUUCAAGAUCGUGCCGCAGUGGCGUGGUGCCAUCACGAGUAGGCAUGUGAUCGACGAGCUGAUAUCGCAGUUCAACAGUGUGUUUCAGGCGCGAGUCGGAUUGGUGUAG